UCUCUCUGCAAAUGCGUUUCUACUCAUUCUGAGCAGUUCAUCCUUCCUGUGAGGCGUUUGCCAGGCUGUCUCGGAUACAACAUGCCUUCCGUCUGAUGAUCCACGGCUAGAGCGGGAUCAAAGGUGCUUGCACUCCGCUUCGGACGACCAAUAAUCGAAUAAAUUGACAAUCAGUAUCGAACAACCUUCCAAGAAGCAGUCAUGUAUGAGGGCAAGGACAGGCAUGAGACCGUCCCAGUGUGCUCACUGCCCCGGGUUGCGGACUCGCGAUGCGAUCCACUGAAUGAGCAAGUCUCUGAUCAGAAUAAGGAGGAUGAGAGGGCUACCAACGUUGCUGCGUUGCCACCGGCAGUUUCCCUAACUACACCGUCAAGUUCUUCUCAGCGUUGGCCGGAACCUCCUCCGCUGCCUGGCCCGUUGUUGACUGGGCCAGAGUAUGAAUUUGAAGAAGCUGUGAAGCGCGCGAAACGGAAUCUCCCAAAGCAGCGGCGCGAGUACUUGGCCAACCACCCUCAUAUUCAACUUGCCGAAACUUCUACUGCAGGGUCUGGGCCUCAACCUCGCAUGCAGACAUUGCCCGAACCUACGAAUAGAGUUCGCGAUGGGACUCGGUUUUUACUAUCUGCAGGAACAGCCGGCAAUUCUAUGGAUGCAGUCCGUCUCUCCUCGGAAAAUCCCUCCGCACAUCCUGCCAUGUUCGAGCUCUCUGACUUCAGACUUCCCGAGGAGGAUGAAGCACAGGAGCAUGGUCGUCCAUCCAGCUCGAACAGCUCGGCAACCCAUGAACGUCAUCUCGGUUCUGCUACCUACAGAGCUCUCCCAUCAACUGAUGCGGAGUCUUCAUCCAUGGCAGAAAUCUCCUGGAUCUCUUGGGCCCGUUCCGUUUGGGCGACAUGGAUUGGGUGCUUUUAA